AAAAAAAAAAAAAAAAGUCCCCAAAAACGGCACAGGUGGACGACUCAUCCCAAUUCCUCAAUUCCUCCUCAUCUCUCCACUACAACAAAAACACACCGCAUAUAUAGAACAAAUAUCUAAAUUAAAAACCCAUCACUUCAAUUUUAUAUCCCUUUUGAAGAAAAAGAUCAGCUCAAUUGAAGAAAGAUAUUAUACAUAUGGCUGGAUUGCAGAGGUCAGAGAUGUCAUUUAGAAGACAAGGCUCAUCAGGGUUGGUUUGGGACGAUAAGUUCUUAUCCGGAGAACUAAAGAAAAUCAACACUGGCACCGAUGAUAACAAGGACACUGAUCAACAAGAAGAUAACAGAAAAGCAGCCACAAAAUCAUCUGCAUAUAAGACUGUAAACGUUGCACCAUCGUAUGAUCCACCUUCUCCCAGAGUCUCAGGUUGUUGUGGCAUGUUUGGAAAGCCAGCUUCUUCAUCUUCCUCGAAAACCCAGAAGAGAAAACCUGCGGGCCGUCGUAGGUAAAAAAAAUAUAGUUUCACCAUGCUCUGUUUCUGCAGUACUCUGUUUUGUGCCCAUUCUUGUUCAAUAGCUCUGUUUGGGUUUUGCAUAUAAAUGGAAACCUUUUUCUUUCUAAGGAUGAUGAUCCAUCAUUUAUAAAUACGGGUUUGUGUUUUUUUGAUUCUUGGUAGUUUGUCAAAACUUGUGUAUUCGUUAUCAAUUUCCAUAUUGUUUGUGGUGGGAUAAGAAAUUUUUUUUGGAGAAUUCUGUCAAUUGAACCAUACAUGUCCCUUGUAGGAGUUUUUUGUUGUAAUUCUUGUAUAUAUGAGUGGAAUCAUUUCGAUUAUGUUGUCUGGUUUUUUAAUCAUUCUUUAGUGAAAUAAUUUUGCCACACCUGCAAGAAUAGUGGAGUAUAUUCUUCAGGGGUUUUUCCGGCUAGCCGGACGCCGGAAAAUGCCCUGUUUGUACAUGUAAUUCCGGUAAGGAUUGGGCUUAGGUGGGAGUUUGACUGCUUCAACGCGCAGCCGCGGAUGAGCGUGGCCCCAAUUGCUAAAUUAUUUUGAUUCGCCAUUAAUUUUCUAGGAAUUUUUAGUCGACCAAUUCAAGCUUCAGCGGUUACAGAGAUGGCUUGCACUGACCCCAAAUAAACUACUUAAAUUCGUUCAUACUCCCAUCAUACGUACACAUCACAAUAUUCAUACGUUCAUACCGAAAGCUCAACCACAUCUAAUAAAUC